AUGUCUCUUCGACACCCGAAAAACUCCAUCAAAAUCCUUUCUGCAAACUCGCAUCCAGAUCUUUCCAAUAUGAUAUGCGAAAGAUUGGGACUCCCUCUAAGCAAUGUGAAAGCAUUGGAAUUGGCCAAUAAUGAGGAUGCCAUUUUGGUCGGGGAAUCGCUAAGAGAUGAAGACGUGUAUAUAAUCCAGACCGGAUGCGGUGGUUUUGAAAAACUUAAUGAUUAUGUCAUGGAGCUGUUAUUGAUGAUUCACGCUUGCAGAACAGCAUCCGCUAGAAAGAUUACUGCCGUGAUUCCAAACUUCCCAUACGCUCGGCAGGAUAGAAAGGAUAAGAGCAGAGUUCCUAUCAGUGCCAAAUUGGUGGCCAAUCUUCUCACUACGGCAGGAUGUGAUCACGUGAUAACGUUAGAUUUGCAUGCUUCUCAGAUUCAAGGUUUCUUCAGCAUCCCCGUCGAUAACCUUUAUGCGGAGCCUAAUGUGUUGAAGUAUAUCCAGAGUCAUUUUGAUAAUAAGGAUGAUAUCAUUUUGGUGUCUCCAGAUGUUGGUGGUGCUAAAAGGGUUGCAUCUUUGGCCGAUAAGCUCGAUACUAUGUUUGCCUUGAUUCAUAAAGAGAGAGCCAAGGCCAACGUGGUGAGUAAGAUGGUUCUUGUUGGUGAUGUCACUGACAAAGUUUGCAUUUUGGUCGAUGAUAUGGCUGAUACUUGCGGUACUCUUUGUAAAGCCUCUGAUCUAUUGCUGGAGAAAGGUGCCAAAGAAGUCAUGGCUAUUGUCACACACGGUAUCUUCAGUGGUAAUGCAAUAUGCAAACUCAAUCAGAGUAAUCUAAAGAGGGUUGUGUGUACGAACUCAAUGCCUUUAAACAAUCUUCAAGAACUGUGUCCUAAACUUGAGGUGAUUGAUAUCAGUGGUACCCUGUCUGAAGCUAUUAGAAGAUUACACAACGGUGAGUCUGUCUCUUAUCUGUUCAAUACUGCUGUGUUCUGA